CGGAUUAAAAGGUGGGGAUGACAUGUGUUCAUCCCUUUGCAGUUACUCAGGGCUCAAUGGCAACCCCUCCAAUGAGUUAGAUUACUGUAACACUUACCGACAGCAUUUGGACGUCCCUCGUGACUCACAGAGGGCCAUUACUUUCAAGAAUGGCUGGCAAAUGGCCCGGCAAAAUGCAGAGAUUUGGAGCAGCACUGAGGAAACAGUUUCUCCCAAAAUCAAAUCCCGUAGUUGUGAUGAUCUCCUAACUGAUGACUGCGAUAGCUUCCAGGACCCCAAAUCCAAGUCAGAAAGUAUGGGCUCUCUGUUGUGUGAAGAGGACCCCAAGGGGAGCUGCUCCAUGCCAUGGGCUUCUCCCUACAUCCAGGAGGGCCGCAGUAAUGGCAGAUCAAGGCUUCGACACAGGUCAGCCCAUGAUGCCCCAGGGUUCCUAAAAAUGUACAAGAAAAUGCACCGCAUUAACCGCAAGGAUUUGAUGAAUUCCGAGGUGAUUUGCUCGGUAAAGUCGCGGAUCAUGCAGUAUGAAAAGGAGCAGCAGCACAGGGGCCUGCUCCAGGGAUGGAGCCAAUCCUCCACUGAGGAGGUGCCCAGGGACAUGGUACCCACCCGCAUUUCUGAAUUUGAAAAGUUGAUUCAAAAGUCAAAAUCCAUGCCAAAUUUAGGAGAUGAAAUGUUAUCUCCUAUAACCCUGGAACCACAACAAAAUGGUUUAUGUCCCAAAAGGCGAUUUUCUAUUGAGUCUUUGCUGGAGGAAGAAAAUCAAAGUCGACACCCUUCUCAGGCACAACGAAGCUACAAGGCUAAAACCCUGGUGCCAAUUCAUAUCGAGGUGACCAGCGAUGAACAGCCAAGAGCUCACAUGGAGUUUUCCGACAGUGACCAAGAUGGAGUUGUGUCUGACCACAGUGACUACAUUCAUGUAGAAGGAUCAUCCUUUUGCAGUGAGAGUGAUUUUGAUCACUUUUCUUUCACAUCCUCUGAAAGUUUUUACGGAUCCAGCCACCACCACCACCACCACCAUCACCACCACCAUCACCGGCACCUCAUCAGCUCCUGCAAAGGCAGAUGCCCAGCCUCCUAUACUCGAUUUACCACCAUGUUAAAACACGAAAGAGCUAAACAUGAAAAUACGGAAGAGCCCAGAAGACAAGAAAUGGACCCUGGCCUUUCUAAACUUGCAUUCCUAGUCAGUCCUGUGCCUUUCCGGAGGAAAAAAAGUUCAACUCCCAAAAAACAGACUGAAAAGGCAAAAUGUAAAACAUCUGUAUUUGAGGCUCUGGACUCUGCCCUUAAAGACAUCUGUGACCAAAUUAAAGCUGAAAAGAGAAGGGGGAGUUUGCCAGACAACAGUAUAUUGCACCGUCUUAUUAGUGAACUGCUGCCAGAUGUUCCUGAAAGGAAUUCAUCACUUAAGGCUCUAAAAAGGAGCCCCAGGCACCAGCCUUUCCACCCACAGCCUCAAGAUGGUGCUAUUCAUUGUCCUUUGUACCAGAACGACUGUGGGAGGAUGCCUCACAGUGCCUCCUUCCAAGAUGGGGACGCGACCAACAACUACCACCACCACCAAGACCGUGAGAGUGUGCCGAGUCUCCAAGACCAUGAGUUCUCCAGAAGUUACUCAUCCACUCUGACAGAUGUGGGGAGAAUCACACCACGGGAAAGAAGAGGAACUCCGGAGAAAGAGAAACUGCCUGCAAAAGCUGUUUAUGAUUUUAAAGCUCAGACAUCGAAGGAGUUAUCAUUUAAGAAAGGAGAUACUGUCUAUAUCCUCAGGAAAAUUGAUCAAAAUUGGUAUGAGGGUGAGCACCGUGGGAGAGUGGGCAUUUUUCCAAUCUCCUAUGUAGAGAAACUCAUACCUCCUGAAAAAGCACAGCCUGCAAGACCACCUCCCCCAGCCCAACCUGGAGAAAUCGGAGAAGCUAUAGCCAAAUACAAUUUCAGUGCUGACACAAAUGUGGAGCUAUCGCUGAGAAAGGGAGAUAGAGUUAUUCUUCUUAAAAGAGUUGAUCAAAAUUGGUAUGAAGGUAAAAUCCCUGGAACCAACAGACAAGGCAUCUUCCCUGUUUCCUAUGUAGAAGUUGUCAAGAAGAAUACAAGCAAAGGUGCUGAGGAUUACCCAGACCCUCCAAUACCCCACAGUUACUCUAGUGAUAGAAUCCACAGCUUCAGUUCCAACAAGUUGGCUUCCAGUGAACCAGCCCCUCCUCCCAUGCACAAAGCUUCACCUGGCCCAGAUAAAGCAGCUCCACAGGGCCUCGCCCAGGGGUGGCUGUCUGCGACAGCCAAGUGUCCGCCGGCCAACACUUUGGUCCCAUCACCACCUCCUUUUCUGGACAACUUCUUGGACGAAUUAGAGAAGCUUAGUGCUUUAACAUUAGCAGCUGACCCGGCCAAACCAAAUAUCCUGGAGGAGAUCACCCUUGAAAUUAAGGAGGAACCCUCUAUUCUCCUCCCACUGCCUCCAGCAUCUGUACCUGCCAAACCACCUUCCUCUCUGCCUCCUGUGCCCGACUCCGGUGUGACCUCACCUGCAGUCCAGCCUUCUGAGACAAUGCCACUUCAGGAUCCCAGAAAGACAGCUCCAAAAAAGUUUGCAGAUUUCACAAAAAUGAGAAGGGGCUUUGCACACCUUGAAAAAGUACCUGAAGUCCUAGGUGAUAAGCUUGUGGCCUCUACACACACUGAUGUGGGUCCCUUGCCCAAAAACCUCCCUGUGAUUGGAGAGGAAGAUGAGGAACUCUAUGAGGAGUUUGUGUCAGGAAUCCGAAGAGGACCAGAAUCUCAAAAACCAGAUACCUUGUGGUAUGACCAUGAUGGCACAGAAGUGACACCAUGCCUGCACAUUGAAGAGGAGGAAGCGGAGAGGAAACCUGACUGUUUAAAAUACCUGGUAGCCUCCCCCACAGAUGCUAGAGCCCCUACGGAAAACAGCACUGCAGCAAAAACCAGUAAUGAGCUGCCUUCAUUUUCUCCGGGAGAACGAACAUCUACACCUUUCCCCAGCUCUCUGCUUUCCUCCCCUCCCUUUCAUUCUCCCUUGGCUUCUGUCUCAGACACGGUCUCGACACUUUCUCAGCCUACCCAGCCCUACUCACCUCCUCUCCUCCCUAAAUACUCUUACCAACAGGAGGUAAAUUCACCAAAAUUAAAGGCUGAUUUAAAAAGCGACCUAUUUGUCUUGGGUAAGCCUCCACGUAGUCCAGUGAUGUCUAGGAGAUCCUGCGGCUCGCCUGUCAGAGGGCUCAGCGGUUCCCACAGGGUAGGGUCAGAACCACCGCCUUGAGCCAGGCACUCUGGCCACCGCCCUCCGUAGGCUGGCUCUUCCUUCGUUGUUGUUGCUGUGUUUUGCUAGUAAAGUAGGGCUAUAGGUACCCUUGAGUUGAAGUGACCCGAUGACGAUGAGCUAUGAAACCAAAUCAACAUGAAAAUCCUAAGUCUCUGGGUAAUGUACUUCCCUUGUGUAUGCGUGUAAGUUUUCCAAAGUCCAAAAAGACAUGACCAAAUUCUCCACUGUACAAAUAGGUGUAUUGUAUAUUGUCUUCUGCAAGCUUCUAUGUUCUCUGUAAAUCGCUUCUUUCUAGUCACUGUGUUUAGUGCAAAGAACAAAGCUGUUGCCGAUCACAUACUGAACUCACACACUUUGGUGGUGUUUGCUUUUGUUUUGUUCCAUUUAUUUGGAUUUUUUAAAAAAUCCAUAAUCUUUUUUUGCAAAAUAUCUCAUUGCUUUGGUGUUGUGUGCUACAUUCACUCCAUGACCCUUUCCCAUCCAAUGCUGCUGCUCUGGAUUCUAGCUACUCCCAGACUCUUGACAGCUUUGAUUGAACUUAAAGGUCAAAUUACUUUUCCCUUUAACUACUUAGUUCUGUAACAUUGGCAGCACUUUCAUAUGAAUGGGUUCUAAAAGUUACUAUGGAUUCUGAGGAAGACAGCCAAGACUUCAGAAUUUCUGUCUCUGCAGAAGUCAGUUCUUAACAUCAUUUCUAUUUUGGUGGACCCUGGUUUAACCUUACCUGGUCUAUUAAGUGACUAUGGUUCUUACAGAUCUUAAGGGUUUAAUUGAAAAGACUUCCUUUUCCACUGUUUAAAAACAUGGAUAUUUCUCUGUGUCUUUGCCAUUUUUUUGUGCUUUUUGCUUUUCAUAGUAAGACCUUAUUUUGUUUCUGAGGCAGAUAUUUGUGUUGCCAUAGAGAAAGAGGAAUGUUGAUCCAAAGAGAUUCUUAGACUUCACAAAGGGCCUUGCAGAUCCAAAAUAAAAUGAAAGCUUUUCCACAAUUCAUAUGGCCCAGCCAUAAAUUUCCCAUGGGUCAAUAAGAUGAUAGCUUUGGAACACUUUAAGAUUUUUUUCUUUGCCAGAUUUUUACAUUAUUUACUUACAUGUUAUUUUAUAUGGGUUUAUGUGGAACAUAAAUAUUCUCUGUUCUUUAGAUUUAUGCAAAGUUGUGUUUUACUUUUAUAAUUUAAGAAGGAAAAGUAAGCCUACAGACAUAAACAUGGUACCGCUAUUAGGAGAAGGUUUUCUAAUUCUGGUUGGCAAGUACUAGAACUAACAUUUUCUGAAAAGAAAAUUGACUUAAGAACUCUAGAACCGCUUAAAACUCUUUCAGAUACUUUUCCACAUUACAAUUUAAAGUAAUAGUUAAUCUUAUUUAAAAAUUACCUAAUACAAAAAAAAAAUUACCCAGUAAAAGAUACAGCUAAUCUUCCAGAGGUACCUCUACAGAAGCACAGACAAGGAGAUGGGUUUGUGUUUGAGACAGACUGCGUGUCUCACCAUCUGCACUAGGGAAGUAUGUAUUUAACCGAUACCAGAGAUUCUAGGAUAUUUCAAUCCCAGUUUCCUUAUGAACAGUGGUUUGUGGUUGGUUCUGGCUUUGAAAAUUAGCAUAUGUUUAAAAUCUGGCUCAUUUUGUAUCCACUUUUGACAAUUUUAGCUACACACAAACAGGGGGAAAAAAUGAUUGUUACAUUGCCAAGGGAGAAGUUAAAUGUUUAGGAUUCCAUGAAAACAGCAUGAUGCUUCACUGGAUUUUCUAAUUUUUAUUGUACUCUUAAGACUCAUCAAGAAAAUACAAGCAUGAUUUAAUUCUCACUCAAAAUUUCUAGCACAGUGACUGUUGUUUGGUAACUGAAAACCCAUCUUUUAAAUUCACAGUUCAUGUGAGACUUUCUGAAUAUUACAAAUGUAUAUUGUUCUAUAUUUAACCUAAAACUGCUAAGAAAUUAUGAGUAAUGGAAAUGCCUGAGCAGACUGUUAAAAUAGAGAUGAACACAGACCAAAAUUCUGGUGACAAAGGAGUGAUUCUUUCUCAAAAAUUCAAACAUGGGUAGGUAAGAACAUGGUCAGAAAAAUGCAUGGAUAUCAAAUCCACCUGGUUCUGUGUGCUGGAAAAUACCCUUUCAAAAUGUAUCCAGGCUGAAGGAACUUGAAGGAAAGGCAUGAACAACUUUUUGUUGCUGCCACCACUCACCAUUAGGUGGCGAUAGAGUGCAAGUAUAUUCCAGAUCUUGUUUGCCCACCUUUACUAAGCCCUGAAUGCCAGCCACAACGCAAAACAUUACUCAACUUAAAAAUGUUAGAAUGAUUUAAAUAUGUGGAAAUAGCCACACCAUUUUUAGAGUACCAUAUAGUAUCUUUUACAAAACAUUUUCUCUUAAGAUAAAAACCAAUGAUUUUUUCCCAUUUAUAACCUUGCUAUGCAGUAUACAUGGUAUUAUGACUGUUUUUGUGUGAGAAUAGUAGCUAUCUUGGUGUGUGAUUUGAAAAUGGCAUUUAAAAUUCUUUUAAGUUACAUUUAUAUAUAUAGGUUUGGGGUUUUCUUUGCUAUUUUCACAAGUUCUUUUAGCAUUAUGUGGCUUGGACAUAUAUUCUUUAACCAGAAAUGUUACUACUGGAAAUACAUUCUAAGGCAUAGUUGAAAAAAAGAAAGUAGUUCUUUGUAUAAGAACGUUUACAUCAUUUUUAUUUAUAUUAGGGGACAAAAAAGCUAGACUAAUCUUCAAAAAAAUAUAUAAAUAUAUAUAUGUAAGGGACUUAUUGUGUAGUGAUUUAAAAUGAAAAAGAAUACUGGAAAAUUAUUAAAAAAUAAUUGAUAUAUGCAAUCUUAUUUCUGAAUAAAAGUUAUAUAUAUAUAUAUAAUUGGAUGAGAACUUGAAGAGAUAUAAUAGGAUAUAGGCUUAUGAAUGUAUUUACCUCUUCAUUUAUUUAAAUUGACUUAAUAGGUUGAAUUAAAUUAUCUUAAAGGUGGCUAGAAAAUGGUUUGGUUUUAACCAUUCUUAAAAUAGUAUAUUUUAUAAUUUUAGUAAUUAUAUUAGAUACACUGUGAGUCAUUUUAUAUUGAUUUAUGGGAGUAAGUAUUAUCCUGUUAAAUCAUACAUGUAUCCAAUGAUUUUUAUCCAUUCUUUAGUCUUAAGUUUAUGUACUCUAUACAUAGACUGUUGCAUGAAAUUUUAAGAGUACUGUUAGUAAACACUUCCAAUUAAUAAAUUUAAAGCCUAAAGUUUUAGUAAUGUAAGCACCUAUUCUUCUUAAGCCAGAUAGACAGCUUAGGUGUGAAGGGAGAAGAUAAACAAUUUAGAAAAGGAGCAGUUUAUAGACUCAGGGACUGAAAGGAACCCCAGAGUUCUCCAUCCAUUCUUGGGUGGGUAGGGUUGCUAUGGACGAUUUGCAAGGGAAAAUUCCCAGCCUAUCAGCAAUCCACUCAUAACUCUGGGAUCCGGGAAUUGGCCCUGAUGUAUAAGAGCAUGGAUCUAAUAAAUGGUUCAGUAGUCACAAGGGGUCACUUGUGUAACUGGCUCACAAGCUCUGACUUAUCUCAUUUCACCAUGUAACCAUCAUUUAGAAGAGAAUGCUUUUGAAAUGUGUUGUGAAUGAACUGUAAUGCUUUUCCCCCUACAAGGUAACAUUUACAAAGUAUAAACUAUGUUAAGUUUACAUAGUCAACAAACAUGCUAGCUUUCAUUCAUUGCAAUAUUUAUGGGGUAUAUGGGAUGCUAAGGCUUGUCAUUUCCAAUAUUAUAAGUAUCUAUUACAGAUACUGGUCUUGAUGCUUAGUUUAAAAAGAAAAGAAACUCUUUUGAGAGUUCAGUGCACUGGGAAUUUCUACCAAUAUUUCUCUUCUAAGGUAAAAUGUUACAUGUUACCUGGAUAUUGUUUGUUACAUUCUAUUUAAAGUUCUCUGUUUUCUCUUUUUUAAAAAUGCAUGUUUUCUCCACAUUGAGAACAGAGAGUGUUAAUUCAAAUGUAGCAUGGGAUGUCUGCCUAUUGAUAUUUUCAUCUGUUCUGUAUGUGAAAAUAAUGUCUGUGAAGGAAAAGUAUACUAGAAUGAAUGUGGAUACUUCGCUGUUAGAUUAAAUGUGGUUUAUUUUCUGCUUGCUUGAGAAAAUGCUGAAGAGUAAGGUUGUAUGAAGGUGUCCAGACUUCUCAUUCCAGUGGUUUAGUGUGUCUGUUCUUGUCAUAUUCCUGGUCUUUGAAAAAUCAAUGGGACUAAACCCUGACUUUUCCUUAAAACUUGAGCAGUCUAGAUUGUAGAUGUGUUUAAACCAUUUGAACCUUGGUUAUUCUGAUUUAAUUUAAAGCACGCUUCAAAAUACCUUAAUUAUUAAUCCUGCAGAAACCCUUCAUUUGGUUUUUUUCCUUCCUCUUGGUUUUUUACAACAGGAAAUAUUAAAUGUCAAGAAAAGUACCAUGCCAUUACCCAAAUUAUCUUUUAAUUAGUACCAGUUUAAACAUUGAUUACAUUGAAAAUCAUUUCA